AUGGAUAUCGAACUACUUUUGGUGAAACCUGAUAACCAACCCAUUAAACUUAUCCACUAUGACUCGAUCACAAACGAAGAAACCCCCGCAUCCGUUGAGGCCAUCCGUGAGGAGAACGGCCACUGUACUUUCGUCUUCCGAGAUCCUUCAACCUUUCACCAUGUUUUCAUCAACGAAUAUGGUCUGAUCAAGGGAGCGAAAAAGCUAAGAUUUUGCAUCAUCCACCCUCUUUCUGGUGUAAACAUCACACCUGAUGAGAAGACUGGGGGUUCGGGGCCUAACAUCACAGAACUGAUGACCGAAUGGAAAUUGGCUUUUAGAGCCAUGCCCACGAACCAUCAGAUCAAGCAUAUUGUGUUCGAUAUGUUAUGUGCACAGAAGCUGGUCAUCAAGCAUGUGAUAGAGGUGCUCAGGGAGGAAAAGAGUGUGUUGAAGGAGAAAGCAGCUGGAUCGCUUCUCUGUACUGUGCAGGGAUAUAAUGACGAUGAUGCAAUGUGGGUGUAG